CUGCAAAAUACCCUUACAACAUCAUGAUUGAGGCCACAGAUGGGACGUUGUCCUGAAUGUACUCUGGAAACUGUUGUUUUUGCUUUGUUAUAGAUUACAAAAAUGCAUGAAAAGAUGGAGGAUAGUAGUGAAGGAGAUGUUUGUAGAGUAUGCAGGUCUGAGGGUGGCCAUGAGCGGCCUCUGUUCCACCCGUGUAUCUGCACUGGUAGUAUUCGCUACAUACAUCAAGAUUGUCUUGUGCAGUGGCUGAAACACAGCAAGAAGGAAUACUGUGAGCUAUGUAUGCACAAGUUCACCUUUGCCCCAAUCUACUCUCCAGACAUGCCGCCUCGCUUGCCCCUGCGUGACAUUAUAUGGGGUCUGGUGAGGAACUUUGGGACGGCUGUUCUCUGUUGGAUCCAUUACACCAUGGUCAUCUUUGCUUGGCUUGGGAUUGUUCCUGUUACAGCAAGUCGAAUAUAUGGCUGUCUCUUCAAUACUUCCCUUGCUCCUGUAUUAUCCUUGCCAUUUGAUAUAUUCUCUCUGGAGAAGAUGGCUACAGACAUCCUGCAGGGUUGUUUUGUGGUUGGUUGUACACUUUGUGCCCUGAUCAGUCUGGUACUCCUGAGAGAGCAGGUGGCCCAUGGAGGAGGGCCAGAGUGGCUGGAGGACCCUGCAGGGGAGCAUGCAGGGGGUGCAGCGGGCCAAGGGGGUGUGGCUGAAGGGGUACUGGAGAGGGCCUUGAGAGGGUUUGCAAACAACAACCCUGCUCAACCUGCACAGAAUCAACAGAACAAUGGAGGUGUUAGACAGAGGCAAGAAGGAGCAGUAAACAACCAAGCCAGACAGAAUGCUGGGAUAGCAGAUGGAGGACAGCGAGCUGAUGAAGAAGAGCAUGAUGGAGUGAUAGAAGGAGGAGGUGGAGGAGGAGGAGGAGGUGGAGGAGGAGGAGUAGGAGGAGCAGCAGGGGGUCAGGUAGCACCAGAUCAACCUGAACAACCUGCUAAUAACCAAGCAGAAGAUAAUGCAGGCCAUGACGAUAUCAACUGGAAUGCUCUUGAGUGGGAUCGAGCAGCUGAAGCAUUAACCUGGGAGGAACUCCUUGGAUUAGAUGGCUCUCUAGUGUUCUUAGAGCAUGUCUACUGGGUCACAGUACUCAAUGCUCUAUUCAUCUUUCUGUUUGCAUUUUGUCCAUAUCACAUUGGAGGACUGAGUACGCUGGUCCUUGGAUGGCAAGAUAUCAUCAAGAAGACUCACUUUGAAGGCCUGAUCACAACCAUGCUGGGAUACAUCUGUUUAGCUGCUCUGCUUGUCCUCUUUCAUAGUUGCAGCAGAUUGUUGAAAUUCUUCCAAGCUGGUCGUCUCUUUGGUCUGUGCUAUGUUGUAUUGAAGGUCUUCCUUCUGGUAGUCCUAGAAAUAGGGGUUUUCCCUCUCAUCUGUGGUUGGUGGCUAGAUGUCUGUUCACUGUCGCUGUUUGAUGUAACCAUUGGAGAAAGGCUGCAAGGUUUCAACUCUGCCCCUGGCACAGCGACCUUCUUGCACUGGCUUGUAGGCAUGGCUUAUGUCUUCUACUUUGCCUCGUUCAUCCUGCUGCUCAGAGAGGUUCUGAGACCCGGUGUUCUAUGGUUUCUAAGGAACCUCAAUGAUCCUGACUUCAACCCCAUCCAGGAGAUGAUUCAUCUACCAAUCUACCGCCACGCCCGACGAUUCAUCCUCUCUAUCAUCGUCUUUGGAUCGGUGGUCCUUCUCAUGGUGUGGCUACCUAUCACUAUCAUCAAACAUGCGGUCCCAGCGUUUCUGCCGUAUCAUAUGCAUCUGUCUGGUGACACUGCUGUGACUGAGUUAUCCCUGGAGCUCCUUCUGCUCCAGGUUGUCUUACCAGCCUUACUGGAGCAAGGUCACACUAGAAUGUGGCUCAAGAACCUCAUCAGAUACUGGACAAUCAUGGCAGCUUAUCUCUUGGACCUGCGAUCAUAUUUGCUUGGAGAUGUUCCCGUUAAUGGAGAGUUUGAUGAAGAAGGAGAGAAAGAAGAUGAGGAGGAGGACGGAGCUGAUGAAGAAGAGCAGGGAGAAGAACAAGCUCAAGAUUUGGACAAUGUUGGUAACGAUGAAGACACGGAAAACAAUGUAGAUUAUGACAUGAGAACUACCCUAGAAACAGAUGAGAAUUUUGAAUUGUUAGAUGGUGAGAGAAAUGACACUUUGCAACCUGUAGAACAACUUGCCUCUUUGAUGGAAAACUUGAACGAUGGAAAGAGAGUUUUAACACCAGACAAUACUGGAGCAGAUGCCAGCCUGAAAGAUUCUUUUGAGGCGCUAGAAGGCACAUCAGGGAAUGAUUUUGAGGCGAGGGAUAGUCUCCCAUACCUCCAGCUUAGACGUGAACAUCAAGACAGCGACGUGGAGAUGAGAGAAGAGGAGAGGGAUGCUGAAACCAUGGCAACAGAUCAAGAUAAUGAAGAGGAGGAGGAGGAUGGUGUUGUGGAGGAGGAUGUUGAGGAGGAGGUUGUAGAAGAAGGUGUUGAUGAAGUAGUUCAUGUGAUGGAUCAGGAGGAGAUGGUAGAUUUUGGAGCAGGACUUCAUGCAGCUCAUCAUGCUAUGCUUAACAACAGACAACCAACACACUUUGAGCCCUAUAACAGACCAAACAUCUUCCAUUUUAGGGUCCUUCUAUUAGUAGUCCUACUGUGCCUGACGCUUCUCCUAUCCAGCCUUGUGUGUAUGACUGUACCAGUCUUCAUUGGUCGCCAUGUCAUGGGUCUAUGGAUGGGCCAGGGUGCUGUGGUUCAUGAGCUAUAUACAGGUGCUUGUGGGCUCUACAUAUGUUGGCUGGUACUAAGACUAGGCUCUGUCAUGAUGACAUGGGUACCGCACGGUCUGGAGCUGCUUAUGGUGAAAGUCAGAGAAUACGCACUGCUGGGCUGGAAGUCUGUAGUAGUUGCUAGUAUGUUGCUUGGCAUUGUUCCUCUACUGUUGGGUGUUUUGUUUGAGCUUGUGGUGGUCAUCCCUCAGCGAGUUCAAAUGGAUCAAACACCAGUGUUCUUCUUGAGACAGGAUUGGGCAUUAGGUGUCCUUCAAGCCAAGAUCCUGUGUGCUCUUACCAUGAUGGGUCCUAGCUGGUGGCUUAAAGAUGUCUUAGAACAGGUCUAUCAGGAUGGUCUAAGACAGCUCAAUCUCACUUUCAUCACUCGUCGUCUAGCUUUGCCUGUUACCAUUUGCCUUCUGGUCGGCCUCACUGCUCCUUAUUCAUUUGCUGUCGGUAUUUUCCCUCUCCUCGGGUUUGGAGAAGAGACCAAUCAUCAAAUGGCAAGGCGUAUCUAUCCUCUCAUCGUGUCUGUAGUCGUAGGAGUCUCCCUGGUCGUAUUCCAGGCCAAGCAAUUCAAGAAACUCUAUGAACACAUCAAGAAUGAUAAAUACCUCGUUGGACAACAGUUGGUGAAUUAUGAGCCCAAGUCCGUCCGGGACAAUGCUACUCAGACAGCAGAAGUUCAUUGAGCAUGCUAAAGAUGCAGCUAGCUACCCAUACAUUGGACCAUUGAGCCUUGGUGAUGAAAGCUAUGAAAUAUAUCAUACUAGAUGGAUCACUCCAUGGUAUACAUGGACUGUGUCUGGUAUGAGACUGUGUCAUUAUUACUACAGGGACGGUGAUCUCGUGGAUUGCUAGAGGACUGAACAAAUCUUGAAAACUUGUCAUUUGACUGUAAAGAAUAAAUGAAAUCUGCAUUUUCUUCAUUGAAUUGGGAUGGACUUGAGCUGUCUACUGCAGAAGAUACAUACAAUCAAUCAUCUAUGAAAUUCAGUAUUGACAGUGAUUAGAAUAAAGGGAAAAUGUCUUAAAAUACAAAGGUUUGCUUGAGCUCACAUAUGACAUUUUCAUUUUUCUUGAGGACUUUAAAAACUUGUCUUCGUUGAAUUGGGUUGGACUGGUGCUGUCUACUGUAGACGCUAAAUUAUCAACAAUGAAAUUCAGUAUUGACGAGUGGUUGGAACAGAGGAAGAAUGUCCAGACUACAAAGAUUUGCUUGAGCUCGCAUAUGUCAUUUUCAUUUAUCUCAUUGCAUAAUACUAUCUGCUAUCGAUAUAUUGUUUCAUAAUGUCUACAAUAUUAAACAUGCAGGGUAAUUUUCUUUACAAUAGAGAUUUCAUCAUUAGGAUGACAAAUGAGCUUCAAUUUUUUUGCAGAACUCUUUGUAUAUGCAUAUUAAUUUUCAUUGUGCAGUUUCUCAACUUUACAUGUUCUUUUUUCCUAGUCAGCAAAUGUUUCAUGUUUUCUGGUUAUUCUUCGGUAUAGUAAGGGAGUUUGUUUACUCAUUUGUAUACAGCAGAACCAUGAAAUUCAAGUAUUGAAGUAACUUAACUAAUAUGAUUCUGUGCGCACUUAGGGGUUGUCAUAUUCUAUUUUCUGUAAAUGAAACCCAGACAGUGCGAUACCUGUAGUAGGUAUAUGAGUCUCAAAUUACCAAAGAGAGCUAUGUAGUUUUCAGAAUUUAUUUGGUAUGAUAAUUUCUAAGACAGUAACUGCACUACUGGUACUCACAUCUUUCAAUAUUUGUUUUGAUUUUCACAAUAAUAUUACAUUUUGAACAUUUUCUGUUAUUAGUUUAAGAGCAGUUAUAAGCUGAACAAUCUUAAUGUGAAUGUUCUAAUUCACUGAUUGUAAGCAGAAACUGAAUUAUCUACUGCUUUGUUGAUAUGUAAAAAACAAAUCACCAACAUGACAUAAACAAAUAUGAAAAUAUACCCUUAAAAAAAGGUAUCAGCUACCAAACUAAUUAGGGUGAAAUCUAAUUUGAUUAGGGAUAUAUGGGCAAUAAAAAUUUACUAACACUCAGAAAAAAGGCACUUUGAAUGUAGGAGAAUCCAUGCUUUAUUCAAUAUACAUGUAUGUGUUGUAGUGUAAUUGUGUUUAUAUUAGAAAGCUUUGCUGCUACAUAAAUGUGUCAGAUGAUAUGUUUACCAGGUUUUAAAUUUAUUAAAAGAGAAACUGUUUAAUUUA